AUGUCUCAAGUCAAAUAUGGAACCUCUGUGGCGUACAGGCACAUGUGCAGAUGGUUUUCUGGUCUGUUUGUUAUGCAUCCGCUCCUAAGUGGGUAUGAAUUCUAUUGGCGCGUAGAGCCGGGCGUCGAUUUCUAUUGCAAAAUCAACUACGACGUCUUUCAAUGGAUGGAGGACAACAACAAGUCAUAUGGAUUCGUGAUUUCUCUGCUAGAGUUGCCUAAAACAGUCACGUCCCUAUGGCCCAUAACUCGAGAGUAUUUGAAACAACGACGAAUCACAAAUUCCACUCUCUUGAACUUCUUCUUAAAUGACUAUGGGAAUUACAAUCUCUGCCAUUUCUGGUCUAAUUUUGAGAUCGCACGUUUUAGUAUAUGGAGAGAUCCAGCAUAUCUUGACUACUUCACCUAUCUCGAUCGAUGGGAUGGAUUUUACCUUGAGAGAUGGGGCGAUGCUCCGGUUCACUCUCUCUGGGUUGGGAUUCGCCUCAACAAGUCUCAAGUGCACUUCUUCCAUGAUAUUGGAUAUCGUCACGACACCAUUUCACGAUGCGUGAAUGAUGGAUCACGUUGCAAAUGUCCCAAGUCUGCUAUAAAUUUUGAUUUCCAUAAGGAUAGUUGCCUUGCUCGAUGGCUUGAAUAUAAAUAA